GUUGGACAGAUUGAGGUUGUCUGGCUGUAUGGUGACAGAGAAAGGCUGUGGUUAUUUGUCUUCAGCUCUGAGAACAAACCCCUCACACCUGAGAGAGCUGGAUCUGAGCUACAAUCACCCAGGACCAUCAGGAGUACAGCUUCUCAACCACAAACUGGAGGAUCCAAAUUAUAAACUGGAGACACUCAAUCUGGAUCAUCAAGGAGAGUCGAUGAUAAAAGCAGGACCACAAAAAUAUGCCUGUGAUCUCACUCUGGAUCCAAACACAGCAAAUGCUCAUCUUAUUCUGUCUGAUGACAACAGGAAGGCAGAAUAUGUCAAAGACGAUGAGUCAAAUCCUGAUCCAAAAGCUGAUCAUCCAGAUAGAUUUGAACACCAUGAGCAGGUUCUGUGUGUUGAGAGUCUGACUGGACGUUGUUACUGGGAGGCUGAAUGGAGUGGCUUUGUUGAAAUAUCAGUGACACAUAGAGGAAUUAACAGGAAAGGAGGGAAUGACAGUUGGUUUGGAUACAGUGGCAAAUCCUGGAGUCUGUACUGCUCUGCUAAAGGAUUCACUGCCUGGCACAACAAUGAGAGCACUGACAUCACUGACAUCUCUUUGUCUAAUAGAGUAGGAGUGUAUGUGGACGUGUCUGCCGGCUCUCUGUCCUUCUACGGUGUCUCUGACACACACACACUCACACACUUACACACAUUCAACACCACAUUCACUGAACCCCUCUGUGCUGGAUUUGGGGUUCAUUCUGACUCCACAAUAUCUUACGUCAGAUUAAAUCAUGAAAAUAAUUAAGUACAAUUUUCAAACACAUCUAUAAAUUCUGUGUCACUUCUCACUGCUGUUUCAUGUGUGUACAUGAACAUUUGACUUUGCUUUCAAUGAAUUACUAAAGUGCCUUUAUAAAUUGUAUUUAGAUCACCGUUUUGACAACUGAAAUCCGAGUGGAGCUGCUGUUGUCUUUG